AUGGCCUCCGAGACGCUGACGACCAUUUCGCCCAUCACCGGCAAGCCCGUGGUGACCAGAGCUGGCGUGACACAGGAUGAGCUUGCAGCGCUGCCCAAGACUGCCCAGGAGGCCUUCCGGGCGUUCUCCAAGUCGACGACGCUCGCCCAGAGACAGGAGAUUGUCGCCCGAGCCCUGAACCUGAUGGCCAAGAAGAAGGACGUCCUCGCGCGCGAGGUGACCGAGCAGAUGGGCCGCCCUAUCGCCUAUACGGGGGUUGAGAUCACGACGGCCAUCAAGCGAGGUGAAUAUCUUAACCGAGUGGCGGGCGAGGCGCUCGGGGAGCCGGUGCCUGGGGACGCUGAACCAGGGUUCAAGAGAUAUCUCAAAAAGGAGCCCCUCGGCGUCGUUCUCAUCAUCUUCGCCUGGAAUUACCCUUACUUGAUCCUGGUCAAUAGUUUGAUCCCUGCGAUUCUAGCUGGAAACGCCGUGAUUCUGAAGCCUUCCCCACAAACUCCCACAGUCGUCGAACAGGUGUCGUCCAUCUUCCUCGAAGCUGGUCUUCCCCGGAACGUACUGCAAUAUUUCCAUUGCGGGUCGCUCGUCAACCUCGAGGCCAUCAUCCGGUCUCCCCUGAUCAACCACAUCUGCUUCACCGGCUCAGUUGCCGGAGGUCUGGCUGUCCAGAAAGCAGCAGCAGACCGGAUCGUUAACGUCGGCCUCGAGCUCGGCGGUAAUGAUGCAGCCUACGUCCGUCAAGACGUAGACCUUGCUUGGGUCGCGGAGGAGAUUGUCGACGGCGCCAUCUUCAACAGCGGUCAGAGCUGCUGCUCUAUCGAACGGGUAUACGUUCAUGAAAAGGUCCACGAUGCCUUCAUCCAGGAAAUCAAAAAGGUGCUCUCCAACUAUCGCGUUGGUGAUCCCUUCGACGAGAAGACCCAAAUUGGGCCCGUCAUAUCUCAAAAGGCUAGAGAGAACAUUCUCUCGCACAUAGAAGAUGCUAUCAAGGGCGGCGCCAGGGACGAAACUCCUGCAAACAGCACCUUCGAUAACCUCCCACCCGUCGGCAACUUCGUGAAACCUACGCUGCUCACAGGUGUCACACACAGUAUGCGGGUGAUGGCUGAAGAGACGUUUGGGCCCGUCAUACCCGUCAUGAAAGUCAAGGACGACAGCGAGGCCAUUCGAUGGAUGAAUGACAGCGACCUCGGGCUAACUGCUAGCGUCUGGACAAAGGAUGUAGCGACAGGAGAGAAGCUGAUCCAGGAUAUCGAAGCUGGCACCGUCUUCAUCAACAGAGCCGAUUAUCCGAGCCCAGACCUUGCAUGGACCGGAUGGAAGAAUUCCGGAAGAGGUGUUACCCUCAGCAAGUUUGGUUUCGACCAGUUCAUCAAGCUGAAAAGCUUCCACCUGAAGGAUUAUCCAAAAUAG